UCAGUCAGCUUUCCCGAAACUCGAAUCCCCGAGCCAGCCGCAGCAAAAAUGGAGGACAGCACCAGGCUCCUCGAGGAGCACAAGGCCGCCGUCGCGCGCAUCCAGAAGCAGGUCAAGCACUUUUACGACAACAAGAAGCACUUUCGCGUCUAUCAUGGGUCCACGAGCUCGACGCGCCCGCUACAGUUCAAGCGCGAUGCCAUCGUCGACACGAGCGACAUGGGCCGCCUCUUCCCUGUCAACCUCGACACCAUGACGGUCCAGGCCGAGCCCAAGGUCCCCAUGGACGCCCUCGCCGCACACUGCCUCGCCAAGGGCGUCGUCCCCAAGAUCGUCAUGGAGUUCAAGGGCAUCACCGUUGGCGGCGGCUACUCGGGCUUCUCGGGCGAGAGCAGCAUGUACCGCUACGGCCUCUUCAACAACACCGUCUCCGACAUCGAGAUCGUCCUCGGCGACGGCUCCCUCGAGACCGCCAGCCGCACCCACAACGCCGACCUGCUCGAGCACGCCGCCGGCAGCCUCGGCACCUUUGGCAUCGUCACCCUCCUCACCAUCGAGCUCAUCCCCGCCACCCCCUACGUCCAGGUCGACCUGCAGCUCGUCGAGGACGUCACCAAGGCCCACGACAUCUUCGAGGCCGCCACCGCCGACGACGCCAUCCACUUCAUCGACGGCGUCUACUUCCGCAAGGGCCGCAUCGCCAUCAUGUUUGCCCGCUUCGUCGACAGGCCCCCCGCCCCCGACAAGGUGCUCAAGAAGAUGCAGGUUCACUGGUUCGCCGACACCAUCGAGGACAUCCUCGACAAGCGGCCCACGGCCGAGAAGCCCACCUCCAUCUACAUGACCACGACCGACUACCUCUUCCGCUACGACCACGGCGCCUUCUGGGGCGGCAAGCUCGCCUUCAAGCACUUCCACGUGCCGCAAAACGCCCUCACCCGCCGCCUCGCCGACCCCUUCCUCGACAGCCGCACCUGCUACCACGCCCUGCACAAGUCGGGCCUCGCCAACGAGUACGUGGUACAGGACUUUGGCAUCCCCGCCAGCACCGUCACCGAGUUCAUCUCGUACGUCAACGAGACGCUGCCCGAGCUGCAAAUCUUCCUCGCCCCCUGCAAGGCGCCCCGCGACAUCGGCCUGAGCUCGCGCUUCAACGAGCGCGUCGCCGAGGUGGCCGACCAGCGCAUCUUUGCCGUCGGCGUCUACGGCCGCGGGCCUCGCGACCCCAAGGCCUUUUACGAGCUCAACCGCAAGCUCGAGCUGCGCAGCGCCGAGCUGCUCGGCGCCAAGCUGCUAUACGCCCGCACCUACUACACCGAGGACGAGUUCUGGCUCAUCUAUCGCAAGGAUAUUUACGAGGAGAUGCGCAAAAAGUACAAGGCCGAGACCCUGCCCACCGUCUUUCAGAAGCUCCAGGCCGACAUGGACACGGGCGCCGGCAAGAGGCGGCCCGUCCGGGGCAUCCUCGAGACCAUGUGGGACAAGGCCACCGGAAACAAGGAGUACCUGCUGAAGAAGUGAUUCCCCCACCCGUAAUAUCUCCCUUUGGAUAUCCAAGUAUUAUUUGUUUUUGUUUUGUUCAGGUAUUUAGAUGGACAGUACGAAGUAGAUACCAGCUAGCCGUUGGGUGGUGCGAAUGCUCCCUCUCUCAGCAUAAAGACCACCACUGCCUCGCCCUGCGGCGUGUCGACGCUCAUCCGGUCCACCUCGCUGAAGCCGAAGCGCUCGUAAAAGGCCCGCGCAUCGCCCGUCGACUCGACGAAGCACGGCACCCCGUCCCGCGCGGCCCUCUGCAGGCCCCAGUCCAGGAGCUGCCUCGCCGCGCCCCUGCCCAUGACCUCGCGCCGCACGCCCACCAUGUCGAGGUACCAGUGCGGCCUGUCGCCCACGCAGCGCCGGUGGCCCUCGAAGAGCCGCUUGUAGUACAGUGCCGCGACGUCGGGCAGCCCGUCGGGCGGGUAGCCGCCGCCGUCCUCGGAGAAGUCGUGCGGCGGCGCGCCGGGGGCGACCCAUUUGACGAAGCCGACGACUGUCUCCCGGGAUGCUGCCGCCUUGCCUACGGCUGCUGUCGUCUCACCCACUGCUGCCGCCGUUUCCCUCACUGCUGCUGCUGCUGCCGCACGCACGCCAUCGUCAUCAUUAUCAUCAUCGCUGUAGCACGGCUCCACUGCAACGAGAAACGUAGCGUCGGGCUCGCGCAGCUCCUCGGCAAAGGCGCGCCGCCAGUACGCCCUCCCCGUGUCGGACGAGGGCUCCCGCGGGAAGACCUGCCGGCUAAAGACCUCGUCGCGAAACGCGGACAGGUAGACGUCGCAGAGGGCCUCAACGUCGUCGUGCGUGGCGCGCCGCAGCGCAAACCCGGC